AUGGUUCAAACAUUUACAUUUAAACGACCUUCAAAUUUAGUUUUAUUAUCAUUUUUUAUAAAUACAAUAUUAGCAACUGAUUAUUUUGCUCCUGGUAAAUUAGUUGGUUGUUAUUCGUCCAUUUCUGGUGGUUCUUCACAAGGUGAUUAUCAGUGGCAAUCUUCCGGAUAUUGUUUAAAUCAAUGUGGUAAUAGUGCUUAUAUUGCCGUCAAAGGUGAAGAAUGUAUAUGUUUAAAUUCAUUACCUUCUAAUCAAGUUUCAUCAUCAAACUGUGACACACCAUGUACAGGUUAUGAUAAAGAAAAUUGCGGUGGUGAUAAUAGUUAUUCAAUUUUCGAACAAAUGAAUGCCGCAGGAAAUUCAAAUUCAAAUUCAUAUUCAAAUUCAAAUAAUGCAUCACCUUCAUCUUCAUCAAAUAAUAAUGGUGCAAGUAGCUCAAGUAAUUCUAAUCCUAGUAAUUAUGCUUCAACAUAUAGAUCAUCAUCAACAAACAACCCACAACCUACUUCAUCAUCAGAUGAAAGUGAAACUUCAUCCAAUGGAUCAGCUUAUAUAUCAAACUCACCAUCAUCAACUGAAGAAACUGAUCAACCAAGAAGUACUCAAAUUGUCGUUUCAACUAUAUCUCAAGAUAAUGGAUCAGUUAUUUACUCAACUAUAACUCAAAGUCCAUCAGAAACAUCAGAAACUAAUCAAGCAACAUCAACAACAUCCGAUUCAUCAGCAACAAAUACUUCAAAUUCAGAAAACAACGACAAUAAUAAUAAUCAAAAUAAAUCUUCCACUGGAGCAAUAGUUGGAGGAGUUGUAGGUGGAGUUGUUGGAGCAGUUGCUAUAGCUGGUGGUAUUUUCUUCUUUUUAAGAUGGAGAAGAAAUAAUGAUGAUGAUUAUGAUGAUGAAGAAGAAUUCUAUGAUGAUAAAUAUUCCCAUAAUGGAAGUGGAAGUGGUGGAUUUAUUUCAAGAACAAAUAAUUCAACAAAAGAUUCAAGAAAAACAAAUAAACUAUCAUCGAAUCAUAAGAAUCCAUUAGAAAUGCCAAUGACAAAUCCAUUUGUUGAUCCAACUGAUGAUAAUUCAUCAAGUAUAAGUAUAAAUGAUUUUAAUAAUAAUAAUCCAUCAAAUAUAGCGAGAGCUAAAACAAUGAAUCAUAAUAAUCAAUUUGUUGAUCCAAGAGUAAAUCCAAUAAUGAUGGGUAGAAGAAGAUUAAGUGAAGGGUCGUUAAUUGAUGAAACUGAUUAUUCAAGAAAGGUUUUACAAGUUACUAAUCCAGAUAGGCUAUAG